AACCAUGAGGUGGGAGUCUGUGACACGUUUGUACACGACAAGCGGCCGCUUUACCAUACUGUAUCCGCAAAGUGACGUGAAGAUAAAUUUUGCACCGAUUUUACGUUGCGCCCUCUUCUGACGAAAGACCUAAAGCUUUGUGUAAGGUAUGCAUGGUACCCAGAACACAUACUGGUGAGCGAAAUCUGAAAGGCCAAGGCAUCAGACUACACAAAAUGGCGACAGUGAAGGACAGCGACACGAAUCUCUGGCUGCACAAUAAACUCGGAGACAGCGAAGAUUUGUGGUCUGGGAUCGGCAGUGUGGGCUCCCAACUGAAAGGGGACCUCCUCAAGAAUGUCUUUGUGUGUUUUAAGGGGCUCCACCCCACGGUGAAGCUCAAAAUGCUGAUGGCAAUCCUGCACAUGCCGAGGCGAAAUGUGGACGAGUUUCAAGGUGAACUGAAUGCUAUCAUCCACCUUGCCCGAAGUGACUCGGACCAGUGGGUGUCCAUCGUGGGCGAUAUCCUGCACACCUACCCAAGCACGGGCAGUCUGAAUCUGGACGUCGAGGAAGACCACCAGUUUGUGGCGGAGGUGCUAUAUGACUUGCGCAAACAUUUGAGCGAGACGGACAGUAACAGUCUGCUCCCACUAGAAUGCCAGUACCUAAACAAGAACGCCCUCAACCAGCUUGUGGGAAUGCAGGCUCCGCCCAUCAAACACUUCACCCUCAAGCGCAAACCCAAGUCGGCCGCGCUACGGGCCGAGCUUCUGCAGAAGUCUGCUGAAGCAGCCCAACAAACCAAGAAGCAAGUUGGUUCCUCCACCGUCCCUACCAAGAACAGAACCAGAAAGCUGGAUGAUACUGCGCCAUUGAAGGGAAUCCCCAAAUCGACGGCUGGAUUCCGAGCGGCGCCCUCUAUGCCGCGGACUAUCCCUCUGAACCGGAGAAUGGCCUUCAACAGGGAAGGAGGCACCAAGUUGUUGGACAUCAUGGAGCAACCUCUAGGGGGAGCCAACAGGGAAGCCAAGAAACGCAAGAAGCAAGCAGAGUUGGAGGCCCAAGAGCAAGCCAAGAAGGACAAAGAGGCGGCCCAAGCAGCCACACCGGAUUACGCCGCUGCGUUUAUGUCCCCCGCUUCCGUCAAGCCGGCCACCACCACCAACCCCUUGGACAAGCUGGAUGAACCUCCCACGCCGUCCUACGCCCCUGCGGCCAGCCAGAGCAAGCCCAGCAAACCUCCAACCUCGCUUCUCAAAAACUUGGAUCAGCCGCUCUCCACCAAGACUGCUCGGGACAACCUCCAGCACCAACUCCAGCAGUCCCUGGAACAGUCGGGCUUCAACCUCCAAAACCCUACCUCCACCACCGCCACCCCAACUCCAACCACCCCGACGCCCCCACCAACAGCCAAGCCAGCCCCGAAGCCUGCCCCCGUCACCCCCACGUACCCCCAGCCCGGAGCCUCGGUGGGUUUGCCACCCCUCGUGGGACUCCCGACCACCCCAACCGAGCCCACGGUGGCCCCUGCUCAAGUCCCGGCGGCGGCUGCCAUGGCUGGUGCCAGCGGGGCGCAGAAAAAAAAUUUGUCGCUUACGAGGGAUCAAAUGGUCGCAGCCCAGGAGAUGUUCCGUCAGUCCAACAAGGUGACUCGACCAGAGAAGGCCCUCAUUCUGGGAUUCAUGGCAGGCGCCAGGGACAAUCCAUGCCCCCAGCAAGGCGACAUUGUCACGAUCCGUCUGAGCGAGAAUCGGGAACUGGUGCCCCACGCCGAGGAAAUGGGCACCGUCGAAAUGACGGUGGACACUUACUUCGAGAUGAACUACUCCUCGGGCAAGUGGCGACGCUACAAAAAGUACCGACCGCUCUGAAUCGAGAACUCCAUGUAGUAACCUGCUGCAUCCUGAAUGUGUGCAGUUCAUAGAGGGCGCUUUAAAUGAAAUGCUGGUAUGGUAACCUGCUGUUUGUGCACAGUUCAUAGAGGGCGUUAUAUAAUGAGAUGCUGGUAUGGUAUUGCCUGCUGUAUGUGCACAGUUCAUAGAGGGCGUUAUACUACCCUUUGCGAUUAAUUGUUUCACGGGCAAAUGGAGACGCAAAAAGUACCGACCGCUCUGAAACCAGAACUCCAUAUUGUAACCAUAUUGUUCAUAGAGGGCGCUAUACUACCCUUUGCGAUUAAUUGUUUCACGGGCAAAUGGAGACGCAAAAAGUACCAACCGCUCUGAAACCAGAACUCCAUAUUGUAACCUGCUGUAUCCUGUAUGUGCACAGUUCUUAGAGGGCGCUAUAAACUGAGAUGGGUGUAUGGUAACCCUCUAUAUCGUGUAUGUGCACUGGCCAUAGAGGGCGCUAUGCUACCCUUUAUAGUGCAGUGGCUUACGUACUUUGAGAUUAACUAUUCCAAGGGCAAAUGGAGACACUAUGAAAUGUACCGACCACUAUGAAACGGAUACAUUCAUAUUGUAGCCUGCUAUAUCCUGGGUGUGCACAGUUCACAGAGGGCGCUAUACUACCCUCAACAGUGCAGAGGUUUGCAUACUUCCAUGUCAAAUUCCUAGAGGGCGCCAUAUACCCUCAACAAUGCUGUGGUUCACCCCUUUGGGGAAAAAGACUGGUGACCUUUAAAACUUGGCCUCCAUUUGCUGGGAUCCAAUACAUGUUUGGUGUGAGAUGUCAAGUGUGGGUCGUCGUCUGAAAUUGCUUCUUUAAAAUAGAGCAAGCCGAGCGAAGCUGUCAUGAAGUUCAUGAUGGACAGGGAAGAAAAGAAAGGAAAGCUGAUCCAAGAGAAAUUCACACUAUCAUCCUGUGUAAUUGGUUUAUUUCAAAGACUCAAACAUCUCAAGAUGCAUUGAUUGGAGUUGAAGAAAUAGUAAUAUAUCAAUGUAUAUUUACAAACAUUAAUAUGUUGGCUAGGAAGUUAAAGGGAUAAAAUAAAUGGUGAAGAUUUAGGCAUAAACUUUGGUUUUUGCAAUUGUUUUA